GAGGUUGGAUAAAAGAUGACGACGUUCCAUUGCCGGUAAGAAUUCGCCAACAUGAGGCUGUUAUGGAGGACGGUUUGAUUGACAAAGAAUCCACCGUAUUGGCAAUUUUUCCCAGCCCGAUGAUGUAUGCAGGCCCUACCGAAGUACAAUGGCAUGCUAAAGCCAGAAUGAAUGCUGGUGCGAACUUCUACAUUGUGGGAAGAGAUCCUGCUGGCAUUGGCCACCCUGCGGGGAAAGAAGCUUCGAGUGAUGGAAAUCUCUUCGAAAGCACUCAUGGUGGAAGAGUUUUACGCAUGGCUCCAGGGCUGACUGACUUGGAAAUCAUUCCGUUCAGGGUAGCGGCAUACGAUCAAAGAAGCAAGCAGAUGAAUUUUUUUGAUCCGGCCAGAAAAGAUGACUUCGAUUUUAUCUCGGGCACUAGAAUGAGGUCGCUGGCUAGAAACGGCGAGAUUCCACCGGCCGGGUUUAUGGCCCCAAAAGCCUGGAGUGUCCUGGCCGGGUAUUACCAGUCUCUAGGUAAAAGUGCUUGUUAAAGAUCGUGAUGAUUCAUAUUUAUCUUUCCUUGGGAGAAACUCGAUUGUUGUGUUAUUUAAGUUUUAUUAUUGUUCUUGUAAGCCAGAAAAUGUUGCAACAGUUACAAAUGCAUCUUUAUGUAAUAGGGGAAUUGAAGAAAAUCUUAUUAUAAACGAUCUUCUUUACAGAUGAUCUGAAUUCCCCGAUAACUGCUCGCAUUUUCAGCUUAUAUUGUUAGUAUUGUUGUUAUUAAGUGUUAUCCCUGUAUGUGUAGUUUAAUAUACAAAAAUGUUACUAAUUUAUAUGGUAUGUAAAUGUUCGGUGCUACUUUAUUUAAUUCAGUUAUUUUCCUUGCAAACUUUUAUCCAACAUAGUGCAAUUAUAGUUUUUUAAUUAAUGCAGAUUUUGGUCUUUGAUCUUUGUUACCGGUUAAUAACGCUUGAAUGUUUAGCUAACUUGGAAAAUGGCUAAUGCUUGCCGCAGUUUAAGAAAAAUAUAACUGCAUGCAUCGAAGCAAAAAUGCUCGAAUGCUUGAGUUGGGUUGUUUAAAUCCCUCGAUCAGUCUCCAUAGCUUUAAGUUAAAAUAAGUAUGAAUAUUAUAUCUUUAGGUGUAUGAGAAGAAGUUUUAUACAAUUGGCAUUUAUUAAUUUUAAGCACAGGUGUUAAAGACGUAUUUUCGAUGCACCAGAUAACAUUAAUUCGAUUUGAUGAGCAACUUAUUGUCUCAACCGCAGUUGGAAAAGUGAAUUGUUUGGAAGCAUCAGGAAAUAUGUUCACGAACCAUCAAUCUAGUUUUUAUUGCAAGCAUUCCAGUCAAUUUGCUUGAUGCUGUAGUUUUAAUAUGUAUAUGUAGACAAUGAAUGUAUUCAAUUUAAACAGUUGAUAAUGGGCAAUAUAUGAAUAAGCAUAUUAA